AUGUCUCUCGUUCGACCACUCGCGUUUUUCGGGAGCCACGAGCUCUAUAUAAAAGACGGCACCAAAUCCCCCGAACACACGUUCGACUCGGACAACACCAACAACAACCAUGAAUCCACCUACACGAGCGAAUCCUACAGUUCCAACAGUUACGGCGGCGCGAAAUACCUCCUCGAUUCCCCAUCCGACACAUCCGAGAACCCGUUCUUGACACUCGAUUAUGACGAGGACAAAGUGCGGCUAAAGCUCCAAGAGCUCGAGAAAGUCCUCCUCAACGAUGAUGGUGACAGCUCGUGCAUGGAAACCGACCCCAUUAACGACUCCCCCAAAGAAUCCUCCUCCUCCUUCGACUCCAACUCCAACUUCAUCAUCGCCAAGGAAAUUACCAAUCUACCCCCUAAAGCCCUUCUCUUCGAAUGCGCCAACUCCAUCCACAACGGCAAUCUCGUGGACGCAACACGGAUGAUCGACGCCCUCCGCCAGAGAGUCUCGAUACUAGGCGAGCCCACCGAUCGAAUCGCGGCCUAUAUGGUCGAGGCCUUAGCGGCCCGAAUCGGCUCGUCUGGCUCCGGGCUUUACCGUUCCCUUCGUUGCAAAGAGGCUCCCUCGAACGAUCGCCUCUCGGCAAUGCAGGUCUUGUUCGAGAUCUGCCCGUGCUUCCGGUUCGGUUUCAUGGCGGCAAACGGCGCCAUAGUCGAGGCGGCUCGUAACGAGCCUCGUGUCCACAUCAUCGACUUUGAUAUCAACCAAGGAAGCCAAUACUACACGCUCCUCCAAACCCUCGCCAAGAAUCCUGGAACUAAACGGGCCCACGUUCGGCUAACGGGCCUGGAUGACCCGGAGACUGUUCAAAGGCCCGUCGGGGGUUUAAAAGUGAUCGGGCUUCGGCUCGAACAGCUGGCGAAGGACCUCGGCCUCUCGUUCGAGUUCAAGGCUGUUGCGUCACGGACUGUUUUGGUCUCACCUCAGACGCUUAACUGCCGCCAGCCUGGCGAGGAGGCUCUCAUCGUCAACUUCGCGUUCCAGCUGCACCACAUGCCGGACGAGAGCGUGUCCACCGUGAACCUUCGGGACCGACUCUUGAGGAUGGUGAAAGGCCUUAACCCGAAGCUUGUGACAGUUGUCGAGCAGGACGUGAAUACGAACACUUCCCCUUUCCUGACGAGGUUUGCCGAGGCUUACAGUUACUACUCGGCCGUUUUCGAGUCGUUAGACGCAACUCUUGCUCGGGAGAGCCAGGACAGGAUGAAUGUGGAGAAGCAUUGUUUGGCUCGUGAUAUUGUUAAUGUGGUUGCGUGCGAGGGAGAGGAGAGGAUUGAGAGGUAUGAGGUCGCCGGCAAAUGGCGGGCCCGGAUGAGCAUGGCCGGAUUCAGGGCUUGUCCGGUUAGCCGAGACGUGAAGGAUGAGAUCAGGGAGCUUAUAAAGAUGUAUUCGGAUCGGUUUAAGGUGAAGGAGGAGAUGGGGGGCCUGCAUUUCGGGUGGGAGGAUAAGAUCUUGAUUGUGAGCUCGGCUUGGAGGUGA